AUGGUGAUGGAUAAGAGUUGGAUUCAACUAGCCACUAGGGGGAAGCCAGAAUAUAUUAAGGGUGUGAAAGAAUUCAUUGAUUUUGCUGCUGCCCACAUGAAGCCAGGGUCCAACCUAAUCCAAUGUCCGUGUUUAAAUUGUAACAAUUUUCGUUCUAGACCUCUAGGCGAAGUUGAAGAUCAUUUAUAUUCGUAUGGAAUGGUUAUGCAUUACAUUAAGUGGACAAAACAUGGGGAAGAAGAGUCUGAUGAUGAAUUGGAAAAUGAUGACAUAAUAGAAGAGGACAAUGGAGAGGAUGUUGAGGAAGAUGUUGAUGAUGUAGUUGAAAUGAUACAAGAAUAUCAGGCUGGUGCUUUUGCUAAUGAAGGGGUGUCUCAAGAGCAUUCUCAUGGUAGAGAAGAAAGUAAGUUUAGUCGAUUGAUGGGGGAUGCAGAGCAAGAGUUGUAUCCUGGUUGUCGAAAGUUCACCAAAUUAUCAUUUAUUGUGAAGUUGCUUCACUUAAAGAUAAUGAACUCUUGUAGCAACAAGUUCUUUACAAUGUUGCUUGAGUUAUUAAAAGAGGCAUUUCCUGAUGGUAACACCCUGCCUAUUUCUUAUUACGCAUCUAAGAAGAUUAUCCGAGACUUGGGUCUUCAUUAUGAUAAGAUCCAUGUAUGUAAAAAUGAUUGUGUUCUUUUCUGGGACGAGUAUGCAGACAAUCAGGAAUGUCCAAAAUGUCAUGAACCUAGGUAUGCACCUAACAAUGGCAAGAAGACAAAGACUCCCCAAAAGGUCCUGAGACACUUUCCAUUAAUUCCAAGGUUACAGAGACUGUUUAUAUCAAAAAAAACAGCUCUUGAUAUGAGAUGGCAUAAGGAUGGACGAAUUAAUGAUGGGGACUUGAGACAUCCUGCAGAUUCUGAAGUUUGGAAGGAUUUUGACUCAAAGCACGAGUCAUUUUCUAUGGAUCCUCGCAAUGUUAGACUGGGUUUAUCAACUGAUGGCUUCAAUCCAUAUGGGAAUAUGAGCAGCUCUUAUAGCAUAUGGCCCGUCUUUCUUGUCCCUUACAAUCCACCACCAUGGAAAUGCAUGAAGGAUCCAUUUUUCAUGAUGUCUUUGCUCAUAUCUGGACCAAAGUCUCCAGGGAAUGACAUUGAUGUGUUUCUUCAACCAUUAAUCAAGGAAUUAAAAGAAUUAUGGGAUGUUGGUGUUUCCUCAUAUGAUGCUGAAUCUGGACAGAACUUUUGUCUUCGUGCAGCAUUAUUAUGGACAAUGAACGACUUUCCAGCGUAUGGGAAUUUGUCUGGAUGGAGUACCAAAGGAAAAUUGGCGUGUCCUACGUGCAAUGAUCAGACACCUCAUCUGUGGUUGAAAAAUUGGCAGAAAACAAUCUACUUUGAUCAUCGACGAUGGUUGCCGCGAAAUCAUGUGUUUCGAAGAAAUUUGGCAUUCAAUGGUAAAGUAGAGAGGAAACUAAAGCCUCAUUUGUUAUCUGGAGAUGAUGUAGUUCAACAAUUGGCUAAUGUUUCGCAACCAUGCUUUGGUAAGAACAGAAAACAUGUUGGUAAUUAUUUGAAUUGGACAAAACAUAGUAUUUUCUUUGAGCUACCAUAUUGGCACACUCUUAAGUUGCGUCAUAAUCUUGAUGUAAUGCACAUAGAAAAAAAUGUGUGUGAUAAUCUUCUUGGGACAUUGAUGGACACUGAGGGCAAGACAAAAGAUUCGUAUAAGACUCGUCUUGAUAUGGAAGAAUUAGGCAUCAAACUUGAGUUACACCCUCGAGUUGUUGAUGGUCAAAUUAAGCUACCAGCGGCAUAUUACACUUUCAAUUCAAAAGAGAAAAAAGGUGCAUGUGGGUUCCUCCAUUCGGUGACACUUCCAGAUGGUAUGGCAUCUAAUAUCUCUAGUUGUGUAAACAUUAAAGAUUCAAGGAUUUUCGGGUUAAAGAGUCAUGAUUGUCAUAUUAUCUUCCAACGACUUCUUCCUAUUGCGUUGCGUGGAUACUUGUCUAAGGAUGUUCGUGAUGUCAUCAUUGAGUUAUGUUUGUUCUUCAAGAAGUUGACUUCUAAAACUUUGAGGAUUGACGUCCUAGAGCAGCUUGAUAAAGAUAUUGUGUUAAUCCUAUGCAAGCUAGAGCUUUAUCUUCCACCUUCAUUCUUUAAUAUUAUGACCCACUUGCCAAUUCACCUAGCCCGUGAAGCUAUACUUGCUGGACCGGUCCAAUUUCGAUGGCAAUUCCCAUUUGAGAGGAAGAUGCAUAAUUUUAAGGGCUAUGUUAGAAACAAAGCUCGUCCAGAGGGUUCAAUAGCAGAAGGGUACUGCGAUAGUGAAUGCCUUACGUUCUGCUCUAUGUAUUUUCAUGGUAUUGAAACAAAGUUUAACCAAGCAGACCGAAAUUUUGAUGGAAGCACUGAAAGAAUGGAGUCAGGCAUAUCUGUUUUCACACAAAAUGUUAGGCUGUUUACGAAAGGAGUUGAUGAUGUGCUUAGUCGGACAGACUUUGAAAUGAUUAAGUGGGAACAUAAAGAGGAGCUAGAGAGGCAAAAUAUUAGAAAUAUAAGCAAGGAGCAAGAAAAAACAUUUGCCAAAUGGUUUCUCCGACGGGUCCAACGGAUGCACCGAGAAGAACCAAACAAAAAUAUUGAAUCCUUAUUAAACUUGGCUACUGGACCCCAGAAGUCAAUUGCUAGACAUAGUGGCUGUAUUAUUAAUGGAAUAAGGUUCCACACUCGAGAUCGUGAUGCAAACAAAAAAACCCAAAAUAGCGGGGUGGUUGUUAAAGGAGAGCAUCGUGGUAAGAGUAUCGAUUUCUAUGGCGUUUUGAUAGACAUUAUUGAGCUAUCAUAUCUUGGAAGAAAUCAAGUUGUUGUUUUCAAGUGCGAUUGGUUCGAUCUCACUCAAAACAGGGGUAUCCAAGUUGAUGAACAUCAAUUCACUAGUAUCAAUAUCAGUAAAACAUGGUACACAAAUUAUCCAUUUUCUUUGGCAUCUCAGAUCCAACAAGUGUACUAUUUACGAGAUACUCGGCUUGGUAAUAAUUGGCGUGUCGUAGAGAGGUCACAACCUCGAGGGAAUUAUGAUGUUGUAGAAAAAGAAGCAGAAGAAAAUGAGUUAUGUGAUUCAGCAGUGCUGGCAGAGGAUCCCUAUCAACAAGAGUCGCAUGAUUUUGUCAAUCCUAUUGAGGUUAAUGAUGGCAACGUGUCAUUAAGUAGGGAUGACAUGGAAAUGAUUGUUGUGGAUUUGACUACCAAAAGACAACGAAGAGAAAAUGAUAGCUUCAUUAAUGAUGAUAGUGACGCUGAAGAUGCUAGCUCUAGUGAUGACAAUGUUGAGGGUGAAUAUGUGUCAUCUGAGGAUGAUAUCCAUGAGGAUUUUGGUAUUAUUACAGACAUUAUGUGGAAGGUUCUUGAGACCACAAGGUCCGAAAAUGGCUUCCAGUAUUUUACUAACUUAAGUGCCACAACUGUUGGAUAUUAA